AUGGCAUCUGCGAACGUCCCACUUGUCGCUUGGAUAGGGCUUGGUGCUAUGGGUUUGCCCAUGGCAACUUGCCUUGCCAAGAACGGAGUCACCGUUCAAGCAUACGAUGUCUGGGCUCCAUCGUUAGAGAAAGCUGUCCAGGGCGGCUGUAAGGGAUGCGGCUCUCCCUCUGAGGCCGCUCAGGGAGCUUCGAUUCUCGGCUUAAUGGUUGUCAACGUCGGUCAAGUGGAAGAUUUGCUGUUCGGCGAACCCCGAGUCGCUGAGGCCCUCGCGACUGGCGCUGUGAUCGUAGUAUUCUCGACAUGCCCUCCGUCGGCCAUGUCGUUGCUUCAGGAUAGGCUGGACUUGCUGAAGAAGGACAUCCACAUCAUUGAUUCACCUGUAUCUGGAGGAUCCACUCGAGCAGGCGCAGGUACGCUCGCCAUCAUGUCUUCAGGUCCAUCCAGUGCCAUAGAGAAGGCUCGGCCAAUGAUCGAGCUGCUCACUCAACCGCCGGAAGGAGGACUUUCUGUCGUUGGGGACAAACUCGGCGCCGCUAGUGACUUCAAGUUGAUCAACCAAGUCUACUGCGCCAUUCAGAUUUGCGUCACUGGCGAGGCGAUGGCUUUCGCGAAGAGUUUGGGGCUGAAUCCUCGACUGGCUUACAAUGUCAUCAAAACUGCUAGUGGUAGCUCAUUCAUGUUCGGACAUCGCGUCCCCUGGCAGCUCAGAGACGACGGGAUUCUCAAAUCUGCAAUGACCAUUAUCGCGAAGGAUGUCGGGAUCGUCAUGGACGAAGCUCGUUUACAUUGUUUCCCCGCUCCCAUGUGUUCGGUCGCAGAGCAAGUCUUCACCGCCGCCCUCGGUGCUGGAUUGGCUCGAGAGGACGAUGGGAACGUUGUGAAGCUCUGGUCUCGAUUCGGCGUACCUCACGAAUACGAGACAGGGACAGACGCCGAGGAAACAGACAAGGCGAAAGAGCUUAAUCUCAAAGCUGGACCAAAACCCUCGAAAGUGUUGUUCAUGGAUGCUUUGGACCGAUAUGCCAAGGUCGGAGGGACGACAACGGAUGAUCCUGCCAAAGAUGCAGCGGAGUGUGACGUGGUAGUCAUCACCACCGUCACAGCCUUACAAGCAGAAGCAGCUCUCUUGUCCAUCGCCCCAUCGCUGCGCGCUGAUAGCACGAUCAUUGUAUGUUCUACCAUUGCUCCUUCGGAUGCAGUUCGACUCGAUGGGAUUGCUCGGAAGCACAAUGUUUCAGUAGUCGAUGCUCCCAUCUCUGGAGGUCCAACCAAGGCGGCUGCAGGAGACUUGACCAUCAUGGCGUCCGGUACAGACGAGGCGCUUGUCAAAGCGCUGCCUGUGCUGCAAGCCAUGGCGAAGAAUUCAUCAAAGCUUCACCUCAUCCCUGGCGGCGCUGGAUCCGGUAGCAAGUUGAAGAUUGUCAACAAUCUCUUGGCUGGGAUCCACAUCUGUGCCGCCGCGGAAGCGACCGCUUUCGCCAGAAAGAAGGGUAUGGACCUACUGGCAGUAUACGACGUAGUAUCCAAGGGAGCAGCCGCCUCUACAGUCAUGGUCGAUCGGAUGCCUCGCAUGCUCGCCAAGAACCCUCCUGUAUUCUCAGCCACCACCACCUUUGUCAAAGAUCUCGGAUUGGCCCUAUCAGAAGGAAAGAGAGCCAAUUGCCCAUUGUUCCUGGGCGCUGCCGCGCAUCAACAAUUCAUCAGAGCAGUCGCCAGUGGAUGGGCUAAAGAGGACGACAGUGCCGUCUCGAGACUUUGGGAGUUCAUGGGCAUCGAUGUAACUCUGAGCUCGUGA